ACACGAAGGGACCCGAAGGCCGCCGUGAGGCCCGCGAGCGAAGGGUUGAGGGAUCCGGCCAGGAGCGGCAUCCUGACGAGAUGGAGAUGGAGGAGGAGACCCGGGAGAUCCUCCUGCCCAACUGGCAGGGCAGCGGCUCCCACGGCAUCACCAUCGACCAGACGGACGACGGCGUCUUCGUCAAGCAAGUGCAGCAGAACUCCCCCGCCGCCAAGAUGGGCGUCGUGAAGGAAGGGGACCAGAUCGUGAGCGCCACGGUCUACUUCGACAACCUGCAGUCCGGCGAGGUGGCGCAGCUGCUCAACAGCAUGGGGCACCACACGGUGGGGCUGCGCCUGCAACGCAAGGGGGACCGGUCUCCGGUGCCGGGACAGUCAUGGGGGCACGAGGCGUUCGGGGCCGGAGGCACGGAGGUCGUCUUGAGCGGGGACGACGAGGAGUACAGGAGGAUUUACACGACGAAGAUCAAGCCGCGGCUGAGGUCGGAGGAGGCGGUGGAGGCGGAGUGCGGCGGGACGCAGAGCAGGACCAUCACGGUCACCAGGAAGGUCACGGCCUACACCGUGGACGUCAGCGGGCGCGACGGGGCCGGCGACAUCAACGUGGUGGGCCCGGACUUCAAGGUCCGCAUCCCAGGCCAGGAAAUCGGCUGCGCCGUGGGACCGGCGGCUCCGUUCCCCACUGCAGACUGGAGCAUGGGCGUCAAAGGGGCAUCUCCGGGGGCUUCCUGCUCCGUGGGACCUCCCGGCCACCAGCUAGAUGUCCACCUCGGCGAGGCGUUGGUCGGGAAGCCCGGUGUCGGCCUCUCGGGGACGCACCCGAGGACUCAGAUGGACUUGAAGCUGCCGGAGAGCCGCGUUCCUGGUGGAGAAACUGGAAAAUCUGUUACGGUGGAGGUGCCGGGGCCUAACGCUUCUGGCAUGGCUUUCACGGGCCCUAGGGUUGAUACAAACGGACAGAUGGGCGGCCCGGAGGCAGGUUUUCAUGUAAAAGGCCCUGGAAUGGGCGGGAAAAUGCACGUUUCUGGCGUGGACGGCCAAUUCCAUGGAGGUAUCAAAGCACCUGGCCUGGACGUCUCCUUACCCACCAUGGAAGGUCCAGCGGGCGAUGCCGGAACGGUGGGAAAAGUCAAGAUUCCUGUGUUGAAAAUGCCCAAAUUUGGGUUCGCUGCUGCGGGGCCCAGCCUCGAGGCUCAAGCAGGUGUUGGCGCGCCCGCGGCCAACGUAGACGUCGGAGGCGGCCACAUCAAAAUGCCGCACGUGGCCCUCCCAAAAUUCACCGUGGAAGGUUCCACCGUGGAAGUGGGGAAGGUGGGACCCUGCGAGGUAGAUGUCGGCGUUCCUGAUGUGGCUGUCAAAGGAGAAUGGACAGGCCCGAUGUUCAAGAAGGCUGAAACGCCCCAAAUCUCUCUGUCGGAUGUGAACCUGAACCUGAAAGGCUCCCACGCCAAGGGAGAUAUGGGUGUCGCGGUAGAAGGGGACGCCAAAGGACUUGGCUCUGUCACUAAAGGUCUCAAGGUGGACGUGAAGGGACCUGGUGUUGAAUUUGGAAGCCCAGAAGGUUACUUGAAAGGGCCCGGAAUAUCGGUGCCUUCCAAGGUGUCGAUGCCAGAUGUGGAUGUUAACGUGAAGGGACCCAAACUCAAAGGAGAAAUGGACGUUUCUGUCCCCAAAAUAGGUGGCAACUUGAAAGGACCUCAGUUUGGUGUUGAAGGCCCCAAGUUGGGAAUGGACGUGCCCGACAUAGAUGUCAAAGGCCCCAAAGUGAAGAUGCCGGAGGUGCAUGUCAAGGCCCCCCAGGUCUCCAUGCCUGACGUUGACUUGAACCUGAAAGGCCCCAAAGUGAAAGGGGACCUGGAUGUUUCUGUCCCAAAACUGGAAGGAGAGCUCAAAGCCCCCGGACUUGACGUCAAAGCCCCCGGACUUGAUGUCAAAGCUCCUGGACUUGACAUCAAAGCCCCCAAGGUUGACAUUGAAGCACCAGACGUGGACAUUCACGGCCCAGAAGGUAAACUGAAGAUGCCCAAACUGAAAAUGCCCAAGUUUGGGGUGCCUGGUCUGAAGGGAGAGGUCCCAGACGUCGACGUGUCGCUUCCAAAGGGCGAGGUGGACAUUUCUGCUCCCAAGGUAGAUAUCGAUGUGCCAAGCAUGGACAUCAGAGGACCAGAAGGAAAAGUGAAGGGCCCCAAGGUGAAGAUGCCCGAAAUGCACUUCAAGACCCCCCAGAUCUCCAUGCCUGACAUCGACUUGAACCUGAAAGGCCCCAAAGUGAAAGGAGAUGUGGAUGUUUCUGUCCCAAAACUGGAAGGAGAGCUCAAAGCCCCCGGACUUGACGUCAAAGCCCCCGGACUUGACAUCAAAGCCCCCAAGGUUGACAUCGAAACACCAGACGUGGACAUUCACGGCCCAGAAGGUAAACUGAAAAUGCCCAAACUGAAAAUGCCCAAGUUUGGGGUGCCCGGCCUGAAGGGAGAGGUCCCAGACGUCGACGUGUCGCUUCCAAAGGGCGAGGUGGACAUUUCUGCUCCCAAGGUAGAUAUCAACAUGCCAAGUGUAGACAUUGAGGGGCCAGAAGGAAAAGUGAAGGGCCCCAAGGUGAAGAUGCCCGAGAUGCACAUCACAGCACCCAAGGUCUCCCUGCCAGAUGUGGAUCUGAACCUCAAAGGCCCCAAAGUGAAGGGUGACGUGGAUGUUUCCAUCCCCACGAUGGGUGCUGAUUUGAAGGGUCCUGAAUUACACCUCAAAGGCCCCAAGGUUGACAUCGAAGCACCGGAUGUGGACAUUCACGGCCCAGAAGGUAAACUGAAGAUGCCCAAACUGAAAAUGCCCAAGUUUGGGGUGCCCGGCCUGAAGGGAGAGGUCCCAGACGUCGACGUGUCGCUUCCAAAGGGCGAGGUGGACAUUUCUGCUCCCAAGGUAGAUAUCAACAUGCCAAGUGUAGACAUUGAGGGGCCAGAAGGAAAAGUGAAGGGCCCCAAGGUGAAGAUGCCCGAAAUGCACUUCAAGACCCCCCAGAUCUCCAUGCCUGACAUCGACUUGAACCUGAAAGGCCCCAAAGUGAAAGGGGACCUGGAUGUUUCUGUCCCAAAACUGGAAGGAGAGCUCAAAGCCCCCGGACUUGACGUCAAAGCCCCCGGACUUGACAUCAAAGCCCCCAAGGUUGACAUCGAAGCACCAGACGUGGACAUUCACGGCCCAGAAGGUAAACUGAAGAUGCCCAAACUGAAAAUGCCCAAGUUUGGGGUGCCCGGCCUGAAGGGAGAGGUCCCAGACGUCGACGUGUCGCUUCCAAAGGGUGAGGUGGACAUUUCUGCUCCCAAGGUAGAUAUCGAUGUGCCAAGCGUGGACAUUGAGGGGCCAGAAGGGAAAGGGAAAGGUCUCAAAUUUAAAAUGCCUGAAUUAAAUGUUCAGACACCAAAACUCUCCAUGCCAGAUGUAGAUCUCAGCUUGAAGGGCCCCAAACUAAAAGGAGAUGUCGAUAUUUCUGGUCCGAAGGCCUCUGGAGACCUCAGGGGACCCAAAAUAGAUGUGGAAGGGCCCAAAGUGGAUGUUGAUAUGCCGGAGGUAGAGUUGGAAUGUCCGGAAGGGAAAAUUAAAGGCCCCAAAUUUAAGAUGCCUAAGCUGAAUAUCAAGGGACCUAAAAUAUCCAGGCCAGACAUAGAUCUGAACGUAAAGGGACCUAAAAUGAAGGGAGAGGUGGAUGUUUCUGCUCCAAAGAUAGAGGGUGACUUGAAAGAACCUGGCGUUAAUAUUAAGGGUCCAAGCAUAAAUGUUGAGGUCCCAGAUGUCAACCUGGAGUGUCCAGAAGCCAAACUAAAAACGCCCAAGAUGAAAUUGCCUCAUUUUAAUGUGUCCGGUCCAAAGAUUGAGGGUGCCGACAUCGACGUAAAUUUGCCAAAAGGAGACAUAGAUAUUUCAGGGCCAGAGGCAGAUAUCGAAGUGCCAGACGUGGAGGUCGGGGGGCCGGAAGGAAAAUGGAAGGGGCCCAAGUUCAGGAUGCCGAAGCUGAACAUCAAAACACCUAAAAUAUCCAUGCCAGAUGUAGAUCUGAACCUAAAGGGACCCAAAGUGAAAGGAGAAAUGGAUAUUGCAGCUCCUAAGAUAGAAGGAGAUCUGAAGGGGGCAGAAAUAGACAUUAAAGGACCAAAAGUAGAUGUUGAAGUCCCCGCUGUUGAUGUGGAGGGCCCUGAAGGGAAACUGAAAGGUCCCAAAUUCAAGAUGCCAGACAUGCACAUCAAGACAACCAAGAUCUCCAUGCCUGAUGUGGACAUUAACCUGAAAGGCCCCAAAAUGAAAGGUGACGUUGAAAUCUCAGCUCCAAAGCUGGAAGGUGAGCUGAAGGGCCCCGAGGUGGACAUCAAGGGCCCCAAGGUGGACAUUGACAAACCAGACGUGGACGUUCAUGGUCCUGAGGGAAAAUUCAAGAUGCCCAAGUUCAAAAUGCCCAAGUUCGGCAUGCCGGGCUUCAAAGCAGAAGGCCCCGAGGUGGACGUGAACCUGCCAAAAGGAGAAUUUGAUGUUUCUGGCCCAAAGGUGGACAUUGAAGGUCCAGAGGUGGACAUAGGAGUGCCAGAAGGGAAGCUGAAGGGCCCCAAGUUCAAGAUGCCCGAAAUGCACAUCAAGACAACCAAGAUCUCCAUGCCUGAUGUUGACUUGAACCUGAAAGGCCCCAAAGUGAAGGGAGAUGUGGACGUGUCCAUGCCAAAGCUGGAGGGUGAGCUGAAAGGCCCUGAGGUGGAUAUCAAGGGCCCCAAGGUGGACAUUCAGGCUCCUGAUGUGGACGUUCAUGGUCCCGAGGGAAAAUUCAAGAUGCCCAAGUUCAAAAUGCCCAAGUUCGGCAUGCCGGGGCUGAAAGCAGAAGGUCCAGAUGUGGACGUGAACCUGCCAAAAGGAGAAUUUGAUGUUUCUGGCCCAAAGGUGGACAUAGAAGGUCCGGAGGUGGACAUUGAAGGUCCCGAGGGGAAGCUGAAGGGCCCCAAGUUCAAGAUGCCCGAAAUGCACAUCAAGACGCCCAAGAUCUCCAUGCCCGACAUCGAUCUGAACCUGAAAGGCCCAAAAGUGAAGGGAGAUGUGGAUAUGUCCAUGCCAAAGCUGGAGGGUGAGCUGAAAGGCCCCGAGGUGGAUAUCAAGGGCCCCAAGGUGGACAUUGACAAACCAGACGUGGACGUUCAUGGUCCCGAGGGAAAAUUCAAGAUGCCCAAGUUCAAAAUGCCCAAAUUCGGCAUGCCGGGGCUGAAAGCAGAAGGUCCAGAGGUGGACGUUAAUCUGCCAAAAGGAGAAUUUGAUGUUUCUGGCCCAAAGGUGGACAUAGAAGGUCCGGAGGUGGACAUCGAAGGUCCCGAGGGGAAGCUGAAGGGCCCCAAGUUCAAGAUGCCCGAAAUGCACAUCAAAACACCAAAAAUCUCCAUGCCCGACGUUGACUUGAACCUGAAAGGCCCCAAAGUGAAGGGAGAUGUGGAUGUUUCUCUUCCCAAGGUGGAAGGAGAGCUGAAGGGCCCAGAUGUUGACAUUAAAGGCCCUAAACUGGACGUGGACCUUCCUGACGUUGAGCUGGAAGGCCCCGAAGGGAAGCUGAAGGGCCCCAAGUUCAAGAUGCCUGAAAUGCACAUCAAGGCACCCAAGUUCUCCAUGCCUGACGUUGACUUCAAUCUGAAGGGCCCCAAAGUGAAGGGAGAUGUGGAUGUGUCUCUCCCCAAGGUGGAAGGUGAGCUGAAAGGCCCCGAGGUGGACAUCAAGGGCCCCAAGGUGGACAUUGACGUACCAGACGUGGACGUUCAUGGUCCUGAGGGGAAAUUCAAGAUGCCCAAGUUCAAAAUGCCCAAAUUCGGCAUGCCGGGCUUCAAAGCAGAAGGCCCCGAGGUGGACGUGAACCUGCCAAAGGGAGAGCUGGAUGUUUCUGGCCCAAAGGUGGACAUUGAAGGUCCGGAGGUGGACAUCGAAGGUCCCGAGGGGAAGCUGAAGGGCCCCAAGUUCAAGAUGCCCGAAAUGCACAUCAAAACACCAAAAAUCUCCAUGCCCGACAUUGAUCUGAACCUGAAGGGCCCCAAAGUGAAGGGAGAUGUGGACGUGUCUCUUCCCAAGGUGGAAGGUGAGCUGAAAGGCCCAGAUGUUGACAUUAAAGGCCCUAAACUGGAUGUGGACCUUCCUGAUGUUGAGCUGGAAGGCCCCGAAGGGAAGCUGAAGGGCCCCAAGUUCAAGAUGCCCGAAAUGCACAUCAAGGCACCCAAGUUCUCCAUGCCUGACGUUGACUUCAAUCUGAAGGGCCCCAAAGUGAAGGGAGAUGUGGAUGUGUCUCUUCCCAAGGUGGAAGGUGAGCUGAAAGGCCCCGAGGUGGACAUCAAGGGCCCCAAGGUGGACAUAGACGUACCAGACGUGGACGUUCAUGGUCCUGAGGGGAAAUUCAAGAUGCCCAAGUUCAAAAUGCCCAAAUUCGGCAUGCCGGGCUUCAAAGCAGAAGGACCCGAGGUGGACGUGAACCUGCCUAAAGGAGAUAUUGAUGUUUCCGUCCCGAAGAUGGAUAUUGAGGCACCAAGUGUAGACAUUGAAGGUCCUGAAGGGAAAAUUAAGGGUCCCAAAUUUAAGAUGCCUGAAAUGCAUUUCAACGUUCCUAAGAUCUCCAUGCCCGACAUCGAUUUGAACCUGAAAGGCCCCAAAGUGAAGGGGGAUGCUGAUGUUUCUGUCCCGAAAUUGGAGGGAGACUUGAAAGGACCUGACUUGAAUAUUAAAGGUCCAAAGUUGGACGUUGAUGUUCCUGAUGUUGACAUUGAAGGUCCCGAGGGCAAGUGGAAAGGACCCAAGAUGAAAAUGCCCGAUAUGCAUAUUAAGGCACCUAAAUUUUCUAUGCCUGAUGUGGACCUCAACUUGAAAGGACCCAAAAUGAAAGGAGAAAUGGAUGUUUCUGUACCGAAAAUAGAGGGUGAAUUGAAGGGGGCCGAUCUGGAACUUAAAGGGCCCAAAGUGGACAUAGAGGCUCCAGAUAUAGAGCUAGAAUGUCCAGAAGGAAAGCUGAAGGGUCCCAAAUUUAAGAUGCCCGACAUGCAUUUCAAAGCCCCCAAGAUCUCCAUGCCGGACUUUGAUCUGAACCUGAAGGGCCCCAAAGUGAAGGGAGAUGUGGACGUGUCUCUCCCCAAGGUGGAGGGAGACUUGAAAGGCCCAGAAGUUGACAUCAAAGGCCCUAAACUGGAUGUGGACCUUCCUGAUGUUGACCUAGAGUGUCCAGAAGCAAAGGUGAAGGGUCCCAAGUUCAAGAUGCCAGAAAUGCACUUCAAGACGCCGAAAAUCUCCAUGCCCGACAUUGAUUUGAACCUGAAAGGCCCCAAAGUGAAGGGGGAUGUCGAUGUUUCUGCUCCCAAACUAGAGGGUGACCUGAAAGGCCCCGAGAUAGAUAUCAAAGGCCCUAAAAUAGACAUUGAAGCUCCUGAUGUAGAUAUUGAAGUCCCAGAGGGGAAGCUGAAAGGCCCCAAAUUUAAGAUGCCCGACAUGCAUUUCAAAGCCCCCAAGAUCUCCAUGCCGGACUUUGAUCUGAACCUGAAAGGCCCCAAAGUGAAGGGAGAUGUGGACGUGUCUCUUCCCAAGGUGGAGGGAGACUUGAAAGGCCCAGAAGUUGACAUCAAAGGCCCUAAACUGGAUGUGGACCUUCCUGAUGUUGACCUAGAGUGUCCAGAAGCAAAGGUGAAGGGUCCCAAGUUCAAGAUGCCAGAAAUGCACUUCAAGACGCCGAAAAUCUCCAUGCCCGACAUUGAUUUGAACCUGAAAGGCCCCAAAGUGAAGGGGGAUAUAGAUAUCAAAGGCCCUAAAAUGGACAUUGAAGCUCCUGAUGUAGAUAUUGAAGUCCCAGAGGGGAAGCUGAAAGGCCCCAAAUUUAAGAUGCCCGACAUGCAUUUCAAAGCCCCCAAGAUCUCCAUGCCGGACUUUGAUCUGAACCUGAAAGGCCCCAAAGUGAAGGGGGAUGUGGAUGUUUCUGUUCCCAAGUUAGAAGGUGACCUGAAAGGACCAGAGGUUAAUGUAAAAGGUCCCAAAGUGGACAUAGAGGCUCCAGAUAUAGAGCUAGAAUGUCCAGAAGGAAAGCUGAAGGGUCCCAAAUUUAAGAUGCCCGACAUGCAUUUCAAAGCCCCCAAGAUCUCCAUGCCGGACUUUGAUCUGAACCUGAAGGGCCCCAAAGUGAAGGGAGAUGUGGACGUGUCUCUCCCCAAGGUGGAGGGAGACUUGAAAGGCCCAGAAGUUGACAUCAAAGGCCCUAAACUGGACGUGGACCUUCCUGAUGUUGACCUAGAGUGUCCAGAAGCAAAGGUGAAGGGUCCCAAGUUCAAGAUGCCAGAAAUGCACUUCAAGACGCCGAAAAUCUCCAUGCCCGACAUUGAUUUGAACCUGAAAGGCCCCAAAGUGAAGGGGGAUGUCGAUGUUUCUGCUCCCAAACUAGAGGGUGACCUGAAAGGCCCCGAGAUAGAUAUCAAAGGCCCUAAAAUGGACAUUGAAGCUCCUGAUGUAGAUAUUGAAGUCCCAGAGGGGAAGCUGAAAGGCCCCAAAUUUAAGAUGCCCGACAUGCAUUUCAAAGCCCCCAAGAUCUCCAUGCCGGACUUUGAUCUGAACCUGAAGGGCCCCAAAGUGAAGGGAGAUGUGGAUGUGUCUCUCCCCAAGGUGGAGGGUGACCUGAAGGGCCCUGAAAUCGAUAUCAAAGGCCCCAAGGUCGACGUGGACCUUCCUGACGUUGAGCUGGAAGGCCCCGAAGGGAAGCUGAAGGGCCCCAAGUUCAAGAUGCCCGAAAUGCACAUCAAGGCACCCAAGUUCUCCAUGCCUGACGUUGACUUCAAUCUGAAGGGCCCCAAAGUGAAGGGAGAUGUGGAUGUGUCUCUUCCCAAGGUGGAAGGAGAGCUGAAAGGCCCCGAGGUGGACAUCAAGGGCCCCAAGGUGGACAUAGACGUACCAGACGUGGACGUUCAUGGUCCUGAGGGGAAAUUCAAGAUGCCCAAGUUCAAAAUGCCCAAAUUCGGCAUGCCGGGCUUCAAAGCAGAAGGCCCCGAGGUGGACGUGAACCUGCCAAAGGGAGAGCUGGAUGUUUCUGGCCCAAAGGUGGACAUUGAAGGUCCGGAGGUGGACAUCGAAGGUCCCGAAGGGAAGCUGAAGGGCCCCAAGUUCAAGAUGCCUGAAAUGCACAUCAAAACACCAAAAAUCUCCAUGCCUGACAUUGACUUGAACCUGAAGGGCCCCAAAGUGAAGGGAGAUGUGGAUGUUUCUCUUCCCAAGGUGGAAGGAGAGCUGAAGGGCCCAGGUGUUGACAUUAAAGGCCCUAAACUGGACGUGGACCUUCCUGACGUUGAGCUGGAAGGCCCCGAAGGGAAGCUGAAGGGCCCCAAGUUCAAGAUGCCCGAAAUGCACAUCAAGGCGCCCAAGUUCUCCAUGCCUGACGUUGACUUCAAUCUGAAGGGCCCCAAAGUGAAGGGAGAUGUGGAUGUGUCUCUUCCCAAGGUGGAAGGUGAGCUGAAAGGCCCCGAGGUGGACAUCAAGGGCCCCAAGGUGGACAUAGACGUACCAGACGUGGACGUUCAUGGUCCUGAGGGGAAAUUCAAGAUGCCCAAGUUCAAAAUGCCCAAAUUCGGCAUGCCGGGCUUCAAAGCAGAAGGCCCCGAGGUGGACGUGAACCUGCCAAAAGGAGAAUUUGAUGUUUCUGGCCCAAAGGUGGACAUUGAUGUUCCGGAGGUGGACAUCGAAGGUCCCGAGGGGAAGCUGAAGGGCCCCAAGUUCAAGAUGCCCGAAAUGCACAUCAAGGCACCCAAGAUCUCCAUGCCCGACAUCGACUUGAACUUGAAGGGCCCCAAAGUGAAGGGAGAUGUGGAUGUGUCUCUCCCCAAGGUGGAGGGUGACCUGAAGGGCCCUGAAAUCGAUAUCAAAGGUCCCAAGGUUGACGUAGACCUUCCUGACGUUGAGCUGGAAGGCCCCGAAGGGAAGCUGAAGGGCCCCAAGUUCAAGAUGCCUGAAAUGCACAUCAAGGCACCCAAGUUCUCCAUGCCUGACGUUGACUUCAAUCUGAAGGGCCCCAAAGUGAAGGGAGAUGUGGACGUGUCUCUCCCCAAGGUGGAGGGUGACCUGAAGGGCCCAGAUGUUGACAUUAAAGGCCCUAAACUGGACGUGGACCUUCCUGACGUUGAGCUGGAAGGCCCCGAAGGGAAGCUGAAGGGCCCCAAGUUCAAGAUGCCCGAAAUGCACAUCAAGGCGCCCAAGUUCUCCAUGCCUGAAGUUGACUUCAAUCUGAAGGGCCCCAAAGUGAAGGGAGAUGUGGAUGUGUCUCUUCCCAAGGUGGAAGGUGACUUGAAGGGCCCUGAAAUUGACAUCAAAGGUCCCAAGGUUGACGUGGACCUUCCUGACGUUGAGCUGGAAGGCCCCGAAGGGAAGCUGAAGGGCCCCAAGUUCAAGAUGCCUGAAAUGCACAUCAAGGCACCCAAGUUCUCCAUGCCUGACGUUGACUUCAAUCUGAAGGGCCCCAAAGUGAAGGGAGAUGUGGAUGUGUCUCUCCCCAAGGUGGAAGGUGAGCUGAAAGGCCCCGAGGUGGACAUCAAGGGCCCCAAGGUGGACAUUGACGUACCAGAUGUGGACCUUCAUGGACCGGAAGGAAAAAUAAAGGGCCCUAAAUUUAAGAAACCUGACAUGCAAUUUGGUGUUCCUAAAAUCUCCAUGCCAGACAUUGACCUUAAUUUGAAAGGCCCCAAAGUGAAGGCUGAUGUUGACCCUUCUGUUCCCAAAAUUGAGGCUGAGCUGAAAGGUCCUAAGCUGGACAUCAAAGGGCCAGAAUUUGAGGCUGAGGCACCAAAGCUUGAUAUAGAAGGAAAGACCAAAAAAUCCAGGUUUAAGCUGCCUAAAUUUGGCUUUUCUGGGCCUAAAGUGCAAAGCCCUGAGGUGGAUGUAAAGCUUAAAAAACCAGACGUUGAAAUAUCCGGUCCUAAAGUUGACGUUCAAGCUCCCGAUGUUGAUGUGCAGGCAAAAUCAAAAGGCUCAAAGUUUAAAAUGCCUUUCCUGAGUAUUUCCUCACCUAAAGUUUCGAUGCCAGAUGUGGAGCUAAAUCUGAAAGGGCACAAACUGAAAGGAGAGCUAGACCUUACCAGCCCCAAGUUGGAAGGGGACCUGAAAGGCCCCGAGGUGGACAUCAAGGGCCCCAAAGUCAACAUCGAGGCGCCCGAUGUGGACAUUCAUGGUCCUGAAGGUAAACUCAAAAUGCCCAAAUUCAAAAUGCCCAAAUUUGGAGUGUCCGGGGUUAAGGCUGAGGGGCCAGAAGUGGACGUUAGCAUUCCCAAGGGAGACCUCGAUGUUUCGGGUCCCAAGGUGGACAUUGAAGGUCCAGAGCUGGACAUUGAAGGGCCGGAGGGGAAGCUGAAGGGUCCCCAUUUCAAGAUGCCCGAAAUGCACAUCAAGACCCCUAAAAUCUCCAUGCCCGACAUCGAUCUGAACCUGAAAGGCCCCAAAGUGAAGGGGGAUGUGGACGUGUCCCUUCCACAGGGAGAUCUGAAGGGACCUGAGUUACAUUUGAAAGGUCCAAAACUGGACGUGGAGGUUCCUGACGUUGACAUUGAAGGUCCCAAAGGAAAGUUAAAAGGCCCCAAAUUUAAAAUGCCGGAAAUGAACAUCAAGGCCCCCAAUAUUUCCAUGCCGGACUUUGAUUUGAAUUUGAAAGGUCCCAAGACGAAGGGAGGCGUGGAUGUCGAUCUUUCAAUGCCAAAACUGGAAGGGGACUUGAGUGGGCCAGAAGUUGAUAUCAAAGGGCCAAAGGUUGACAUCAAUGCACCCGAGCUAGAGGUAGAAGGGCCAGAUGGAAAAUGGAAAGGUCCCAAGUUUAAAAUGCCAGAGAUGCACAUAAAGGCUCCCAAAAUUUCCAUGCCUGAUACGAGCCUGAACCUCAAAGGUCCCAAACUGAAAGGAGACAUAGAUGUUUCUGCUCCAAAGCUAGAAGGAGAUUUUAAGGCUCCCGAUAUCAAUGUUGAAGGUCCCAAAGUGGACAUUGACAUGCCAGACGUGGACAUUCAUGGCCCGGAGGGUAAACUCAAGAUGCCCAAGUUCAAAAUGCCCAAGUUCGGCAUGCCGGGCUUCAAAGCAGAAGGCCCCGAGGUGGAUGUGAACCUGCCAAAAGGAGAAUUUGAUGUUUCUGGCCCAAAGGUGGACAUAGAAGGUCCGGAGGUGGACAUCGAAGGUCCCGAAGGGAAGCUGAAGGGCCCUAAGUUCAAGAUGCCUGAAAUGCACAUCAAGACGCCCAAAAUCUCCAUGCCCGACAUCGAUCUGAACCUGAAAGGCCCCAAAGUGAAGGGAGAUGUGGACGUGUCUCUUCCCAAGGUGGAAGGCGAUUUGAAAGGAGUUGAGCUGGAAAUGAAAGGACCCAAAAUAGAUGUAGAUGUUCCUGAUGUGGAUAUUGAAGGACCAGAAGGAAAGUGGAAAGGCCCCAAAAUGAAGAUGCCAGAGAUGCACUUUAAGGCACCUAAAAUUUCUAUGCCGGACUUUGAUCUGAACCUGAAAGGCCCAAAAGUGAAGGGGGAUGUGGACGUGUCUGUGCCGUCUGUGGAAGGUGACUUGAAAGGGCCGAAAGUUGAUAUUAAAGGUCCUCAGCUGGAUGUUGAUGCCCCAGAUGUCCAUGUUGAGGGUCCGGAAGGGAAGUUGAAGGGUCCCAAGUUCAAGAUGCCCGACAUGCAUUUCAAAGCCCCCAAGAUCUCCAUGCCGGACUUUGAUCUGAAUCUGAAAGGCUCCAAAGUGAAGGGGGAUGUGGAUGUUUCUGUUCCCAAGAUUGAGGGGGACUUGAAGGGCCCUGAAAUUGACAUCAAAGGUCCCAAGGUCGACGUGGACCUUCCUGACGUUGAGCUGGAAGGCCCCGAAGGGAAGCUGAAGGGCCCCAAGUUCAAGAUGCCCGAAAUGCACAUCAAGGCACCCAAGAUCUCCAUGCCAGACUUUGAUCUGAACCUGAAAGGCCCCAAAGUGAAGGGAGAUGUGGAUGUGUCUCUCCCCAAGGUGGAGGGUGACCUGAAGGGCCCUGAAAUCGAUAUCAAAGGCCCCAAGGUCGAUGUGGACCUUCCCGAGGUUGAGCUGGAAGGCCCUGAAGGGAAACUAAAGGGCCCCAAGUUCAAGAUGCCCGAAAUGCACAUCAAGGCACCCAAGAUCUCCAUGCCCGACAUCGAUCUGAACCUGAAGGGCCCCAAAGUGAAGGGAGAUGUGGAUGUGUCUCUUCCCAAGGUGGAGGGUGACCUGAAGGGCCCUGAAAUCGAUAUCAAAGGUCCCAAGGUUGAUGUAGACCUUCCUGACGUUGAGCUGGAAGGCCCCGAAGGGAAGCUGAAGGGCCCCAAGUUCAAGAUGCCCGAAAUGCACAUCAAGGCACCCAAGUUCUCCAUGCCUGACGUUGACUUCAAUCUGAAGGGCCCCAAAGUGAAGGGAGAUGUGGAUGUGUCUCUUCCCAAGGUGGAAGGUGAGCUGAAAGGCCCCGAGGUGGACAUCAAGGGCCCCAAGGUGGACAUAGACGUACCAGACGUGGACCUUCAUGGUCCUGAGGGAAAAUUCAAGAUGCCUAAGUUCAAAAUGCCCAAAUUCGGCAUGCCGGGCUUCAAAGCAGAAGGCCCCGAGGUGGAUGUGAACCUGCCAAAAGGAGAAUUUGAUGUUUCUGGCCCAAAGGUGGACAUAGAAUGUCCAGAGGUGGACAUCGAAGGUCCCCAGGGGAAGGUGAAGGGCCCCAAGUUCAAGAUGCCCGAAAUGCACAUCAAGACUCCCAAAAUCUCCAUGCCCGACAUUGAUCUGAACCUGAAGGGCCCCAAAGUGAAGGGAGAUGUGGACGUGUCUCUUCCCAAGGUGGAAGGUGAGCUGAAAGGCCCAGAUGUUGACAUUAAAGGCCCUAAACUGGACGUGGACCUUCCUGACGUUGAGCUGGAAGGCCCCGAAGGGAAGCUGAAGGGCCCCAAGUUCAAGAUGCCUGAAAUGCACAUCAAGGCGCCCAAGUUCUCCAUGCCUGACGUUGACUUCAAUCUGAAGGGCCCCAAAGUGAAGGGAGAUGUGGAUGUGUCUCUUCCCAAGGUGGAAGGUGAGCUGAAAGGCCCCGAGGUGGACAUCAAGGGCCCCAAGGUGGACAUUGACGUACCAGACGUGGACGUUCAUGGUCCUGAGGGGAAAUUCAAGAUGCCCAAGUUCAAAAUGCCCAAAUUCGGCAUGCCGGGCUUCAAAGCAGAAGGCCCCGAGGUGGACGUGAACCUGCCAAAGGGAGAGCUGGAUGUUUCUGGCCCAAAGGUGGACAUAGAAGGUCCGGAGGUGGACAUCGAAGGUCCCGAAGGGAAGCUGAAGGGCCCCAAGUUCAAGAUGCCCGAAAUGCAUAUUAAGGCACCCAAGUUCUCCAUGCCUGAUGUUGACUUCAAUCUGAAGGGCGCCAAGCUGAAGGGAGACGUGGAGGUUUCUGCACCUGAUCUGGAAGGUCCUAAAGUUGAGAUUGAGGCCCCUGACAUCGACAUCAAAGGCCCUGAGGGGAAGCUGAAGGGCCCCAAGUUCAAGAUGCCGGAGAUGCACUUGAAGGCUCCUAAAAUCUCCGCCCCAGACUUCGAUCUGAACCUGAAAGGCCCCAAAGUCAAAGGUGACUUGGACGUUUCGGCGCCAGGAGUGGAAUGUGAGCUGAAAGGUCCCGAGGUCAGUGUGGGCGCUCCAAAAUUGGACAUUGGGGCCCCUGAUGUUGACAUUGACAGCCCGGAGGGUAAAUUCAAGCUGCCUAAGUUCAAAAUGCCCAAGUUUUCCAUGCCUGGCUUUAAAGGGGAGGGGGUAGAUGUGGAUGUAAACCUCCCGAAGGGAGACGUGGACAUUUCAGGCCCCAGCAUAGAGGUGGAGGGUCCUGAUCUCAGUGUGGAUGGGAAGCUCAAAGGUCCCAAAUUUGCAAUGCCCGAAAUGCAUGUUAAGGCUCCUAAGGUCUCCCUGCCCGAUGUUGACUUAAACAUCAAGGGGCCUCAGCUGAAAGGGGAUGUAGAUGUUUCUGGCCCCAAGUUUGAAGGUGAUUUGAAAGCCCCCCAGAUUGAUGUGAAAGCACCCAAAAUAGACCUCGAUGCUCCCAGUGUGUCCAUCGAAGGGCCGGAAGGGAAACUCAAAGGCCCAAAAUUCAAGAUGCCUGAAAUGCACAUCAAGGCGCCCAAGUUCUCCAUGCCCGACGUUGACUUCAACCUGAAGGGCCCCAAAGUGAAGGGAGACGUGGACGUGUCAGCACCCAAGUUGGAAGGGGACUUGCAAUGUCCGGACGUUGACAUCAAAGGCCCCAAGUUGGACUUCCAGGCACCCGACGUGAACAUCGAAGGGCCAGAUGGAAAACUGAAAGGGCCUAAGAUGAAGAUGCCAGAAAUGCACAUCAAGACGCCCCAGAUCUCCAUGCCGGAAAUAGACCUGAACCUAAAGGGGCUGAAGCUGAAGGGCGAUGCUGACAUCCAUGGCCCGAAGCUGGAGGGAGGUUUGAAGGGUCCUGAGGUUGACAUCAAGGGCCCCAAAGUCGACAUUGAGUGCCCAGAUGUUGACAUUGAUGGUCCGGAGGGAAAACUGAAGUUGCCUAAGAUGAAGCUGCCCAAAUUCGGCCUCAAAGGAGAAGGUCCUGACGUGGACGUGAACCUGCCCAAGGCAGAGGUCGACCUUUCUGGCCCCAAGGUAGACAUCAGCGUCCCGGAUGUGAGUAUCGAAGGUCCGGAAGGCAAACUGAAAGGUCCUAAAGUGAAGAUGCCAGAAAUGCACAUGAACGUGCCUAAAAUCUCAAUGCCCGAGAUAGAUUUGAAUUUGAAAGGCCACAAAACAAAGGGAGGCUUCGACCUUUCGGCCCCGAAGAUAGAAGGUAACCUGAAGGGUCCCGACGUUGACAUCAAAGGGCCUGAAUUUGGGAUCAGAAGCCCUGACAUCGAUGCUGAGGGUCCCGACCUCAACAUCGAAGGUCCGGAGGCAAAUGUCAAACUUCACAAGUUUAAGAAGCCAAAGUUUGGGUUUGGGAUGAAGAGUCCCAAGGCAGACGUCAAGGUAACGGGGGCAGAGGUGGAUUUUCCGGAGGCUGAGCUGAACGUGGAGUCGCCCGACGUCAGCAUCUCUGGAAAGGGCAAGAAGAGCAAGUUCAAGAUGCCGAAACUUCACAUGAGUGGCCCAAAAGUCAAAGGCAAGAAAGGUGGCUUUGAGGUGAACGUGCCUGGUGGAGAGCUGGAUGCGAGUUUGAAGUCUCCUGACCUGGACAUGAGCGUGGCUGGUCCCGACGUGACGAUAAAAGGGGACGCUGCAGUGAAGUCCCCCAAAGGGAAGAAGCCCAUGUUUGGGAAGAUCUCCUUCCCAGACGUAGAGUUUGAUCUGAAAUCGCACAGGUUCAGAGGGGAUGCUUCCAUUACGGUCCCAGAAGUCGAAGGGAAACUCAAAGCGCCUGAGCUGGAAGUCUCUGUGCCGACGGUCAAAGGCGAUGUCAAAGGCCCAGGUCUCAAUGUGGAUGUGGAAGCUCCCGACGUGAACCUGAAGACACCAAAAUUCAAACUUCCUGGCGGGGACUUGAAAAUGGAGGGCGACCUGAAGGGAGCCACCAUUGAUGUUGCCGUUCCCUCCAUCUCGGUGCCAGACCUCGACCUCAACGUGAAAGGACCAAAAGGCAAAGUGGAAGUCGGCGUCCCCACGACGGAACUGGAAGGUCCCGAGGGAAAGCUGAAGAUGGGGAAAAUGGGUCUCGGUGUGGACGUCCCCGAUGCAAGCUUGGGUAUCUCGGCCGGAGGCAUGGAAGGAAGCGUGAGCCUCCCGGGUGUUGAUGCAAAGCUGAAAGGCCCUCAUGUCUCCGGACCCGAUUUUGAUGGAAGCCUGAAAGGACCAAAAAUAAAGGGUGAUCUGGGUGUCGAAGGGCCGAACGUCAGCCUGGGCGCACCGGAUGUCAACGUUGGAGGCUUUGGAGGAAAACUUAAGAUGCCCAAACUCAAAUCCUCGGCCCUGGAGGGCCCCGACUUGGGCGUGAAGGGAGGCAUUGAAUGCUCCGUCCCGCAGCUGGAGGCAGAUGUGAAAGCCCCGGGUGCAAAUCUCCACCUUGGCGCCCCCGACAUCGGUAUCAAAGGACCCUCGGUGGACGUUUCCGCCCCGGAUCUCAACGUGAACUUGAAGGGACCGGCACUGAAAGGAGGCCUCGACGUUUCCGCUGGCGUUAAGUCCCCCAUCGCCUCGGUGGAGGCAGCAGAGGUUGGCUUUGAAGGCCUGGGUGGCACCAUCAAGCUCCCUUCCCUCAAACUCCCCCAGUUCGGUAUUUCUGGCCCUGGCGUCAAUGGAGCGGAUGCGGGCGUCAGCAUCGAAGGACCGCAGGUUCGAGGAGGGCUGAAGGGCUCAGGGGCCGGAUCGGAAGGAGCGGAGCUGGAAUUGAAAGGGCCUAAACUUCAGCUGCAGUCCCCCGGCGUUUCCUUGCCCGACGUCGACCUGAAGCUGAAAGGACCAAACGUCAAGGAGCCCGGCGCCGGCCUCCACCUCGAGGGUCCGUCCUUGGAUGUGUCUGCGCCCAAAUUAAACAUCAAGGGGCCGAAGAUCAAAGGUGGCGCCACCGUUGCUGGAGAGGCCAGCACGGCCGGCGGUGGUCUCCACCUUGCCGGCCCCAAGGUUUCGGUCGGCGUCCCACAGGGUAGCGUGGAGGGCAGCCUGGGGAAAGUGUCCUUCCCCAAGCUGCGCAUGCCCAAAUUCGUCUUUUCUGAGCCCGAGGUGAAGGGCAGGGAGGUGGGGGUGGACGUGGAGUUCCCCGGGGCCGACGUCAGCCUCCAGGAGCCGGAGGCGGAGGACGGCAAGGCGAAGAAGUCCAAGAUCAAGAUGCCCAAGUUCAACUUCUCCAAGGCCAAGGGGAAGAGCGGUGGAGCCGUGGGGUCCCCGGAGCUGCCGGGUCACGGGGGUGACCUGAAGAGCUCCAAGGCCAGCCUGGGCUCUGUGGAGGGGGAGCUGGACGAGGGGACGGCGGCCAAGGGCAAAUUCUCCCUCUUCAAGAGCCGCAAGGCGCGCCACCGCUCCUCGUCCUUCAGCGAUGACCGCUCGGCCCACUCGACCCCCACGGGGACCCUGGAGACGGAGGGCGCCGCCAAGGGCAAAGCCCCCAAGAUGAAAUUCGGGACGUUCGGUGGCAUGGGGUCCAAGACGAAAGGCUCCUAUGAGGUGACGGGGAGCGACGAGGAGGCCGCCAAGCCUUCGCGCCUCUCCUCCUCCUCCAGCACCGACAGCACCACCAAGAUCGGCGUCCGCAUGCCCUCGGUGGAGCUGACGGUGGCCAAGAGGAAGGAGUAG